GGCCGACGCGACGUGCACCAAAACCCGGUUCUGAACAGCCCCCGAACAAGGGCAGAAUUGGUGUGGAAUGGAUCUCGGGCAACGGUGAGCGGGCUCCGCACUAAUACUAAAAUGACGAAGCAUAUGGAUGACAGAACCGACUAACGACUUGAUUUCAAGUCUACGAAUAGCGCCGCUACGCAGCGCGCUAUGUGGGGGCGGGGGCUUGUGAUGGGCAGGUCGUGACCUGCAAACAUUCCGGGGCAAUCGAGGGGCAGACAACUACAUGUACAUGUGCAUGUAUAUGCAAAUAAAGUCUGAUCGUGUUCACUGCGAAUCAAUCGCGUCCUGUGCUGAAAUAGAACACAAAGCCUGGCUGCGAACACAAGUCUCCCCACAGACUCUGUAAACAUUACAUUCAGCCUCGCAAACCAGCGAAACGUGCAACUCACUGACACUGAUAGUUGCGUGAGUACCAGUUAUACUGGCGUGUUGAGUCAGGCACAUUAUUUUGUCAUGCCCAGGAAAAGGCAACAGGCAUGACAAGGAGGUUAAGGAAGAACGAUGCUCCCCAAAGAAGGGUAGGAACUGCUACAUCGAUGAAACUGAAACCGAAGGCGGUUAAAGGGCCUGUGAUGACAAAGGCCAGAAAGCAGAAGGCUGGAGAUUCUCUUUCCAGCAUCCCUUUUCCGAUGGGUAGAAUCACAAGGCUGUCUCCGACAUCUAAGAUGCGCGUUGUGGAUCGACCAAAACACAUAGGUAAAGAUGUUGAAAUGCAUGUUAGAGACAAACGUCGUAAGACCAGCAAGAAUACUUCUGGCAGAGUGAGGACCAAACCAUUUGCACAGCACAGCAAAGUCAUGGAACCUGCCACCCAGAGGGUCACCAGACUGACCUUAAAAAGGUCUUCCGGAGUGGAAUCUCCUGAGGCCAGAUUGGUGAAAUCUACUAAUACAGGCAGAAAACAGGAAGAUGUUGGAGUGAUCGCUAAGAAGCCCAAGACUAGAGUCAAGACCCCUGCAACUCUAGAGGUAGCCAAGCAGCUGAUGAAGGGUGGAACUUUGACCUCUCAAGCCAAGCGGACAACUUCCAAGAAAGAGUCAACGAGACCAAGGGACUUGAGAAACAGAACUCGAAAGACAACAAAACGUACCUCAAGCGAAGAGAUGACAGAACUACCAACAAAGAUCCGGAAAGUCAUUAAACUUGACCCCCAGAGAGUCGUCAAGGUGAACUUACCAAGAGCUGCUAAAUCUAUAUCUGACUCCAAAGUGGUGAUGCCUGGAAAGCAAAGGACAGACAAGAAAGUAGCAAAAACCCUGGCCAAGAAGUCCAUGUCUACGGCCAGGAUUGCUGUAACUCGAGUGUAUUCCAAAAAGCCUAAAGGGCAAGCUUCGACUACCGAGCAAGUUAAGAGGACUGCUGUGAGGCAAAAUGCAAAGAGCAUAUUCAAUUCCUCUACAGAAAAGGGAGGGGCUGCUGAACUUCAAAGAGGAGGUAAGAAAGGGGGAAAAGCGAGAUCUGAGAAAGCCAGCAGCGUAAAGAACACAAAGGUUGUCAAGACCAAGAAUGUCACCGUUGGAAAGCAUAGUAGUCAGCAGACGAAGGCCGCAUCCACCAUCAAGAAAAGGGCCGUCGCAAGGAAGCUAGUGGUCAAGCCAAAGACAUCCAAUGCCAAGAAAAAACCCGUCACAAAGGAGGCAAAACAAAAAGGGAGUCUGGUGCCCAAGCCAAAGACAUCCAAUGCAAAGAAAAGGACCGCCGCGGGGGAGGUGAAGCAAAAAGGGAGGCUGGGGGUCAAGCCAAAGAAGGCAACCAACAGCAGUGGUCUUCAAAUGAAGAAGAAAGUGGCCACACAUCCCAACUGCACACUGACACCAAACCGGAAGAUCAAAGUGGUUGACAAGGAUCCUAUGUUCGAAGUCAAGAAUGAGAAGGAAAUUCCCAAAGUGUCGGAUUACGUCAACUGCAAGCGGGCUAUCCGCGCCGUCUUGACCAAGGACAACGCCCUCUUGAAGAAACUGAUCAAUAACACCAAGGAGAUCCCUUCCUUGUUCGUCUCGAGAAGCGUGUGUCUGAAGGAUGACGCCCUGGACUAUGCCCUGAAGACGGAGAACACCGAUGCGCUCAAGCUGCUCAUCGCAGAGAAAUGUUACAACCGCGACAAGCCACGUAAAGCCAUGCCUGACCAACCAUCUCAAAAUGACUUCAACACAAAUCCACGUUAUGGUUAUGAAGGGAACAGUGCCUUAACUAAGGACAUUGAUUACAUAGGUGGCACCAGAAACAUGGUACGAUUUGAUAAAGCUUUGAACCAUGGUGUGUCGAUUGAUGUAAUCUCUCUCGUAGCCGAGGGUUUUAGAUACGAUUGUACAGGCAGGAUUCAUCGCGCUGUGAGGGCAGGCCACAACAAGUUGGCCUCACAAAUGAUGAAAAAAUUCAAAGGUCGUAGAGGGAACGGCUUCAUCAAACUUCAUGAGGAGGUUUUGUCGGCCACAAAGCCUGAACAGCUAACUUCUUUGAAAGCCGAAAAAGUCACCAAGGAAUCCUACAAGAACCAAAGGAUAACGCCUCUGCACUGUGCAGCCAUCAACCCCAACCCUAAGAUCAUAGCCAAGUUGUUGUCAGUGUCCCCAGGCGUAUCGUUUCCCGACCAGGACGGCUUCACUCCCAUCCACUACGCCGCAGCGUGCAAGGGCAGUGGUCCUUUGGAACUUCUGCUGAAGAGUGGUGUAGACGCUGAAACGCCACAAGCCAAGAAACUGGUGACCCCAUUAAUGAUAGCUGCAAAGCAUGGCCGGACUAAGAAUGUUGAAGUUCUUCUCAAGAAAAUAAAAUCUAUUUUGGCUUCUGACUCUAACCAGCCACAACUAAAGAGGUUUGGGGUGAACAGGAUGGACAAGAACAAGCACUUUGCCAUCCAUUAUGCUGCAGAAGGUGGACAUGUGGACUGUGUUAGAAGCCUAGUCAAACACGGAGCCGUGGUUGAAGUGAAAACAUCAUUCGAAAACAACAGGCUGACAUCGCUCAUGCUUGCUGCCGAGAGGGGACACUUUCAGCUGGCCAAAGUUCUCAUUGAGGAGCUUGGAGGAGAAAUUGAGAAUAGAGAUAGGUUCAAGCGCACAUCCUUGAUGCUGGCCUGCAUGAACGGUCACUACCCAGUGGCUACUCUACUCCUGAGGAAAGGAGCUAAUCCUAACGCCAAGGACUCAUCAGGAAACACUCCAGUCCACUAUGCUGCUGCUUAUGGCUGGUGGCACUGCCUCAAACUACUCCUCAAUGCUGGUGGGGACCCUACCAUCUUCAAUGCAGACGAGCUGAGGUAUGUUACUCCGAUAACUCCCCUGGGUGCUGCCUACAUGAAGGGCCACUUUGGGUGCGCAGAGCUCCUGCUGAGCCACCCCAAGGUAAACGUUAACUGCAGAAACAGGGAGUGCGAGACGCUGCUGCUGACGGCAUGCUCAAAGUUCACAACUGAGGAGUCAAUUAGACAGCUGAAGGUGUUCGUUGAGAAUGGAGCUGACAUCCACGCAUCAGACCUGCGCGGAAGGACACCUUUCAGAGUUGCAUUAAAAAAUGGUCGGACCGACUUGCUGAAGUUUUUUCUCAGUAAGAAUGCCAACGUACCAUUGGAUGGAGACACAGCUGGUGAUAAUCCACUGCACUUGAUUGCGAGGUCUUGCCUUGACAACUGCAAUGAAAUCUUGGAAAUGCUAAUUGAGAACGAAAAGACAAAAUUCUCUAAAGGUGACAAGCAAACCCAGAGGAGCCAGGGGGCAAAGGUUACAACUUUGAAGGAAGCCGCCCAGAUGAAAAACAACAACGGAUGCACCCCAUUACUGGAAUGCAUUAUUGAACACAAAUUGCUCUGGAAACGCAGUUUUGAGUACCACGACACUCAGUGUCCCAGACGGCAUGCUGUAGUGAAGGCACUGAUCGAUCUUUGUGAGUCAGAUAUCAACGCACUUGUGGGAAAGGACUUUAAAAAGGUGCCACGAAACUCUUGUAGUCUACAUAUCCUUGCGUCCAAGAAACCGUGUGAGGUCUUGUCAACGAUCAUGGCGAUGAAGCCCAAACUGGAUGUAGUGAAUGCCGAAGGAUACACGCCCUUGUUGUGUGCCAUCGUCGCUGAGCAAGCUCAAAAUGCGAAAAUGCUUCUUGCUGCAGGUGCUGACCCUAACUGUUCAGACAAGCACAAUGCCCUGCUUCUUGCAAUUAAAAACAACCUGUUGUGUAUUGUACCAGACCUCCUCGCUAAAGGUGCUGACAUCCGUGGAUCCGUGUUUGAGAACAAACAACCCAGCAUUAUGCAUUUCAUUCCAGUCUACAUCGAGGACUCUGAGGCCCAAGUCUCUGUAGCCGAACAGCUUGUUUCAGCAGGAGCUUCUCUGCAUACGAUGGAUGACCAAAUGAGGANUGUCUUGCAUGCCGCUGUCAACAAGAUCGACCGCGAAGGGUCCACCACGUUCGUGGAGUUCCUCCUGGACCACAAACUGGACGUCUUUGCUGCCGACGAGUUAGGCAGAUUGCCCAUCCAUUAUGCAUUCACCAAAUAUGGGGUCUUUGGCAUGGACACACGGGUUGCGAGCAGCCUCUCCACAGAUUUUGAUCCCACGACACUUACAUCCUUGCUGGCCAAAGCCAUGCAGGGUAAAAAGCUGAACCAGCAGGACAGGCUGGGCCGCACACCGCUCCAUUAUGCUGCAGAAGUCGGGGCCGAUUGUUCAAUUCAAUCCAUCUUUAAGCGAAAAGACGAUCUUGAUAUCCAGGAUAAGGACGGAUGUACACCGCUGUCAAUGGCAUUGGCUUGUUCACGAAAAUGGAUGACAAGGAGGUUGAUCGAAGAAGGGGCCAGCAUCAAUCAGGAGGUGUAUUUCUCUUGUGAGGAGAUUCACAAGUAUUUCGGGACUGCCAUCCGGAAGCAGUUGGUUCAUGGGGACUGGCAGAAGGAGAAGGUGGACAAGCAUUUCAUCAGGACCACCAUCUUGAAGGAAGUAGUUUAUGAGGACUGGGAGCGUGUUUUACUGACUAUCUUGGACAAAAUAGCCUCAGGAGGGGUGCCUGGAAUUUCCUACCUGGAUGCCCUUGAGGACGUCCUGGAAGGACAGAAGAUCCAGCUGGCUGAUAACUUGAUUCGCAGGCUGUCUGAGCAAGACAAACUGCAGAUGACCAAUGACAAGGCACAGAACUUACUUCAUCUCUUGGCCCUUCACGCUGUGGAAGGCUCCGACAUUCAGAAUAAGAUUGUCUUGUUUCUCCUUGACAAUGGUGUCAAGCUAUUUGCCACUGACUACAAAGGCUGUACUCCACUGCACUAUGCUACAGUCAACAUGAAUGCCUCAAUUUGUAAUAUCUUUGCAGAGAAAGAUCCUGUCGGUUUUCAAAGCUGUGUCACAUGUGUGGACCACAGGGGCAGGGUACCAGUUGCUUCGCUGUUCUGGGGAAUGUUGUAUAACAGGAAAAUCGUUGACGUUGUCGAACUGAUCCAGAAGCAUAAGGGAAGCCUGGAUGUCUGCGCCGCCUUCCCCAAUGUCAACCUUCUCUGUAACGAGAAAGUAACCCGUUCAGAGUCUCUGCAAGAUUGGUACCACAAUCUACCGGAUGACAAGACGACUGACGUCACGCCACUCAUCUUCACGAUCCUCAUGAAUAACGUCGAGGGUUGCAAACUCCUGCUACAGAAGGGGGCCAGUCCCAAUGCUGCAGACAGACAAGGAAUGACGCCUCUUAUGCAUGCUGUGAGACAGAACGAGAUUGUCAUUGCUCACGUCUUGAUGGACCAUACCUACGAUCCCAAGGAAGCCGGCAUGAGAAAGAUUGCCACCGGCCUGAAGGAGAAGGUUCCCUGGACUGCCAACUUACAGGAACGGAUGAGCAUGAAAGAUUCUGAUUUCAAUGCGACUAUCAUUUUAGAUUGUUACGAAGAAGACGAGCAGCAAGACCAGACACAAGGUUGGCUAUUGUUGUAA